AUGGACGGCCUCAUGAGAAAGUACGGCAUCAUACACAAAGUCGCCACGGCUUACCACCCUCAGACAAAUGGCCAAGCCGAGGUUUCUAACCGGGAAAUCAAAUAUGUGUUGGAAAGGAUUGUGAAGCCGAAUCGGAAGGAUUGGAGCGCUAAACUCUCCGAUGCACUUUGGGCUUAUCGAACGGCUUAUAAAACACCCAUUGGCAUGAGCCCCUUUAGGCUUGUAUAUGGUAAAGCAUGCCACUUACCGGUAGAAAUUGAACACAAAGCUUAUUGGGCCAUAAAGGAAUGUAAUAUGAGCUUGGGUGGAGCCGGAGUAGAGAGAAAGCUUCAAUUAGCGGAAUUGGAAUGCUUAAGAUUAGAAGCUUAUGACAACUCUAGACUUUACAAGGAAAAGAUGAAAGCCAUCCAUGACAAGAACAUUAGGAGAAGGGAAUUCCGACCCGGUGAGCUAGUCCUUCUUUACAACUCAAGGAUGGUCAUCAAAAAGAACAAAGGGAAAGCCCCGAAGAAGCCAGCUUCCAAUAGAGCGCGCCAAGAACUAACGGCCAAGCCACUCCUGAAGAAGGCUAAGGGCCCCGUUGACGUUCUAGAGAAGGACAACCCUCCAAAGGAUUCAAAUAAGUUUCCUAACCGCUACUGCAAACUUGUUUACUCAAGAAUGAUUGAAAGAAAUUAUCACCCGGAGCCUCUUCUAGUCCUACCGGCUCACCUCACUCCGAUAGUGAUGCCACACAUUGACCGGAGGCAAUGGAGGUUCCUCUUGAGGCAACCAAAGGAGGCCAAUCUCUCAUGGGUGGUGGAAUUCUACUCCAACUACCACUCACCCCUUCUCACAUCAAUAUUUAUGCGCGGAAGCAAGUGUCAGUCACAGUGGAAACCAUCCGAGAAGUCCUUGGGAUUGGGCCGUUGA